AUGUUUCGAGACGGGUAUAAAACACGGGAGCACCAAUACAGUCAGUUGUCACGUCAGAUGAAUGCCCUCACUGUGAGGUGUCACUGCGUCGAGAUAGUGGCACUGACAAUAUUUCUAACUUCUAAAAUCAGCUUUGGAAAGGAAGCUGCGACCAUCUUAGCUCAAGAGGUGUUUAGCGAAAUUGUUGUGGAUGAUUACAAUUGGAAAGCUGACGGUGGCAAAGCUAGUCGGGCUCGUAAUGCCCAAGUAAACAUCGUCAGUGAAGGCAUAGUGCAAGCGUCCGCAAUGGAAGGCUAUACACUGACGGAAGUGUCAGUGUGCUGGAGUUCCUGGUCGCGAAAACCACGUAUUUCGUGCGUCUUUUUAUUCCCAACCGAGACUGUGGUUGAAGUAAGCUGGUGGGCAGAGAAACACUGCCUCUUGCCUCUGGAGCGCAAGGCUAUUAAUGAAAAGCUCUCUAAGUCCACAUCACGAUCAUUCAGCGGCGUCGGCUUUGUCGGCUGA